AUGAAAGUCGAAAUCUUUGGUGUUAUUCGAUCUAUGAUGUCAUUUAGACUUACAGGAGGCACAAAAGAUUACAUAGUCAUUGGCUCUGAUUCUGGUCGCAUUGUGAUAUUGGAGUAUAUUCCUAAGAAAAACAUUCUCGAAAAAGUACAUCAAGAAACAUUUGGAAAGUCAGGAUGCAGACGCAUUGUACCUGGCCAAUACUUAGCCAUUGAUCCGAAGGGACGAGCUGUCAUGAUUGGUGCUACUGAAAAACAGAAACUUGUCUACAUAUUGAACAGAGAUGCUGAGGCCAGAUUAACUAUUUCAUCUCCUUUAGAAGCACAUAAAUCUAACACACUGGUAUACCAUAUGGUAGGUGUGGAUGUAGGCUUCGAAAAUCCAAUGUUUGCUUGCUUGGAAAUUGAUUAUGAAGAAGCUGAUUCUGAUCCUACAGGUGAAGCUGCACAAAAAACACAACAAACUUUAACAUUUUAUGAACUUGAUUUGGGUUUGAACCAUGUAGUAAGAAAAUACUCUGAACCUCUAGAAGAGCAUGCCAACUUCCUUAUAACAGUGCCAGGGGGCAAUGAUGGACCCUCAGGGGUACUUAUUUGCUCUGAAAACUACUUAACCUAUAAAAAUUUGGGUGACCAACAUGACAUUAGAUGUCCUAUCCCUCGGCGACGAAAUGAUCUAGAUGAUCCAGAAAGAGGCAUGAUAUUUGUCUGCUCAGCAACUCACAAGACCAAGUCAAUGUUCUUUUUCUUAGCACAAACUGAACAAGGAGAUAUUUUUAAAAUAACAAUUGAGACUGAUGAUGACAUGGUAACAGAAAUAAAGUUGAAGUAUUUUGAUACUGUACCAGUCUCCACAGCAAUGUGUGUCCUCAAAACAGGAUUUCUGUUUGUGGCUUGUGAAUUUGGCAACCACUACUUGUAUCAAAUUGCUCAUUUGGGUGAUGAAGAUGAUGAGCCAGAAUUCAGUUCAGCAAUGCCUUUAGAAGAAGGGGACACAUUCUUCUUUGCACCAAGGCCGCUGAGAAAUCUGGUCCUCGUGGACGAACUAGAUUCAUUAUCACCAAUAUUAGCUUGCCGUGUAGCCGACUUGGCUGGUGAAGAUACCCCUCAAGUUUAUUUGGCAUGUGGUCGUGGACCCAGGUCUUCUUUGAGAGCCUUAAGACAUGGUUUAGAAGUUGCUGAAAUGGCUGUAUCAGAGUUACCUGGUUCACCUAAUGCAGUAUGGACUGUUAGACGGCAUAAGGAUGAGGAAUAUGAUUCUUACAUCAUUGUGUCGUUCGUUAACGCUACACUUGUGCUGUCUAUUGGUGAGACAGUUGAGGAAGUGACGGACUCUGGUUUCUUGGGCACAACACCCACGCUCAGCUGUCACGCUCUUGGGAACGACGCCCUUGUUCAAGUAUAUCCAGAUGGCAUCAGGCAUAUACGUGCUGACAAACGUGUGAAUGAGUGGAAAGCACCUGGAAAAAAAUCUAUAGUAAAAUGUGCAGUUAAUCAAAGACAAGUAGUUAUUGCACUAACUGGAGGCGAACUAGUCUAUUUUGAAAUGGACCCUACUGGUCAACUCAAUGAAUAUACCGAAAGAAAGAAACUAUCAUCAGAUGUAUCAUGCAUGGCUUUGGGAUCUGUGGCCACUGGCGAGCAAAGGGCGUGGUUCUUGGCUGUAGGGUUAAAUGACAACACUGUCAGAAUCAUCUCAUUGGAUCCUUCGGAUUGUUUAUCGCCACGUUCAAUGCAAGCUUUACCAGCAGGAGCUGAGUCGUUAUGCAUUGUGGAACAGCCUUUUGAAUCUGGAGCAAAAUCAGCUUUGCAAUUAAAUAUUGGCUUGAGCAAUGGUGUAUUAUUAAGAACGACGUUAGACUCAGUCAGUGGUGACUUAGCUGAUACGAGGACCAGGUAUUUGGGCUCAAGACCUGUAAAGCUCUUCAAAGUGCGUGUGCAAGCAGCAGAAGCUGUGUUAGCAGUGUCAUCAAGGACUUGGUUAGGAUACCACUAUCAAAAUCGAUUUCAUCUUACCCCACUUUCUUAUGAAUGUUUAGAGUAUGCAGCUGGUUUUAGCUCAGAACAAUGUGCUGAGGGUAUAGUAGCAAUCUCAUCAAAUACACUUAGAAUUUUAGCCUUGGAGAAGCUUGGUGCUGUAUUCAACCAAACCUACUUACCCCUGGAAUAUACUCCGCGGAAAUUCGUCGUCAAUACAGACAACAAUCACAUUUUCAUACUUGAAACUGAUCAUAACUCUUACACUGAAGAAAUGAAGAAACAGAGAAGGAUUCAAAUGGCACAAGAGAUGCGUGAGGCAGCUGCCGGUGGUGGCCCUGAAGAUCAACAGCUUGCAAAUGAAAUGGCUGAUGCAUUUCUAUCUGACACAUUACCUGAAAAUGUAUUCUCAUCACCUAAGGCUGGAGCAGGUAUGUGGGCGUCUCAAAUUCGCGUGGUUGAUAUGGGAACCAGUGCUGGACAACCAACUACUUUAUUCAAAUUACCUUUGGAACAAAAUGAAGCCGCCGUAUCUGUUUGUAUUGUGCGAUGGUCAGCCCAUGCUGAACAUGCUCAACCUCACUUAGUUGUGGGUGUUGCUAAGGAAAUGAUUCUUUCACCAAGAUCUUGUACAGAAGGCAGUUUACAUGUUUAUAAGAUAUAUGGCAAUACUGGCAAGCUAGAGUUGGUCCACAAAACACCUAUUGAUGAAUAUCCUGGUGCAUUAGCAGCAUUCAACGGAAAGCUUUUGGCGGGAGUUGGUCGCAUGUUAAGAUUGUAUGAUAUUGGCAGACGAAAACUAUUGCGUAAAUGUGAAAAUAGACACAUUCCAAACCUUAUAGCAGAUAUCAAAACUAUUGGCCAACGAAUAUUCGCUUCUGAUGUUCAAGAAUCUGUAUUUUGUCUCAAGUACAAAAAGCGGGAAAAUCAAUUAAUCAUAUUUGCCGAUGAUACAAACCCCAGAUGGAUAACUAACAGUUGCAUACUAGACUAUGAUACUGUAGCUAUGUCUGAUAAAUUUGGUAAUAUAGCUGUAAUGAGACUGCCACAAUCAGUAACUGAUGAUGUUGACGAAGAUCCAACUGGAAACAAAGCCCUCUGGGACAGAGGUCUUCUCAAUGGAGCCUCUCAGAAGGGUGACAUCAGCGUCAAUUUCCACGUCGGAGAAACGGUAACGUCGUUGCAACGAGCUACACUUAUUCCUGGUGGCUCUGAGGCACUUUUGUAUGCUACUAUCAGUGGUUCCCUCGGAGUCUUACUUCCAUUUACAUCUAGAGAAGACCACGACUUUUUCCAACAUCUGGAAAUGCACAUGCGAAGUGAAAACUCACCGUUGUGCGGGCGUGACCAUUUGUCAUUUAGGAGUUACUAUUAUCCAGUAAAAAAUGUGAUAGAUGGGGAUCUGUGUGAACAGUUUAACUCCUUGGAACCUGCCAAACAAAAGUCGAUUGCCGGGGACUUGGAGAGAACAUCUGCCGAAGUGUCAAAAAAGUUGGAAGAUAUUAGAACUAGAUAUGCGUUUUAA